UACAUAUUAUGUUACAAUUUUUCUACUUAUAUUUCAAUUAGGACUGCAUUUGUUUUUAAAUGCGCUAUUCGAAUUUUCCGCCAUUACGUACUUCAAUGUUUUCAUAUCAUUUUCUUCAUUGUGUCGGACAAAGCCUGUGGGAAUUUUUGUGUGAUUUUUGUUCAUGUCAGUGUCCAAAAUACGAUCCCUACGAGAGGGGGUUUUUCACGAAGGCCGGAAGAAAGCAAUGGCACAGAAUAGGACUUCGGACAACGUCGUUAUGCCGGACAUUACCGAAGUAUCCGAAGACGAUCCUCUGGCGACGGACACCGAGCGCGAAUCCGAUCGUACUGAUGGCGGUACUGUUUUGGCAAGUGAAAUCAAGACUGCUCGCCUUUCUAGUGAUUCAAAUGGUGUCAUUACUGUGCCAGUGUCUUUGCCAGUCGGCACACUCAUAACAGGAACUACAUUUAACGUAAUUACGUCGGAUCAGCUACCUCAUUUCAAGCCUAUGUUAUGUGUGGACAACGGUUUCAUUUCUGGCGGUCCUGUCACCGAAGAUAUAAAAGCGACACAUAUUGUCAUACAAAAUUCGCCACCGCCGUCAGGCAGGGAGCAAUCAAACGAGGACGCUAGUUCUAGUUCUACGCCACCAUCGCGGGCAGCUAAUGCUCGUACGUGGACAGAAACGGCGUUGAUGCCAGUUCUACCAGUGCGCUGCAAAAAUACAUCAGCUGAACUACAUAAACAUAGAUUCGGAUCUGGAGGACGCGGGCGAUGUAUCAAAUAUGGCAUGAAGUGGUUAACUCCAAGUGAAUUCGAAGCAAUGUGUGGGCGCGCGUCAAGUAAAGAUUGGAAGAGGUCAAUAAGGUUCGGUGGAAGGAGUAUUCAAGCUUUAAUUGACGAAGGUAUUUUGGCACCUCAUGCAACAAGUUGCACCUGUGGAGCCUGCUGUGAUGAUCAAUCAGCAAUGGGACCUGUACGUCUUUUCACUCCAUAUAAAAGAAAAAGGAGAAAUCAAGAACCAGAAGAGAAGAAAAAGCCAAAGCGUGAAAGUGUUCUUGCAGAGAGUGAUGUGGACAGUAUCCAUCAGACAAGCAACAACAGUCAUUCUAAAGAGGCUUGGCAGACUAUAACAGAUGGCUUGGAAUCUAGUAAUGAAUACCAUAUCAUGGAGAAUCCUGAAACAAAGCCUGAUCCAACAUUAAAUAGUGAAAAGAAUUUACCGGCAAGAAACGACAUCCUUCGCGAUCAAGCGGCUAACCAAUCAUUACAAACAGCUUCGCGAAAAAUUAAAAAUAAAAGCUACAAUGGAAAACCAGAAGACUAUAAUAUAAUAUCUGGUUUGCCUGAUUUGAGUUCAGUUCUUAAACGUUUAGAAGAUAUUGGUCAGUCGCUAGUCAGGGUUGCAAAUGAAUUAAAACAGUGUGUAGAUGAUGUUAGAAUCAUUAGUACUAGACAAUUGGAGAGAUUGGAACAAGAGAGAACAUCCGCAAUUUUAUCAGCAGGUGUAGAAGCUGAGGUUGACGUUGAACAGGUGACUCUCCAUAACGUUGAAGACACCGUGUCUAAAAAGGCCGAGCACACACGAUGCGGUUUUAACCCCAGCCGGAUGCGGCGGUGGCGCCGUAGCUUGGGGGCGGCUGGUGCGGGCGGCGCGACUUUAGUUGACUGUCAAUUGGCGCAAGUCUCCCGGCAUUCGACAGGUGAAGCUUCCUGGCGACAUCCGGUGCUGCGGACGGGAUAAAUCUACCGUUUCCUGAGUUUUGAAAAUUAACAACUGUGCAGCCGCCACAUCCGGACACGGCUACAAACCGGACCGUUUAUGCUUAGCCUAAGCUAUAUGUAUUUAGUAUUAUAUUUAUAAACAAAUUAUUAUCAAUUUCAGGCUGUCCUGAAUCUUAAGCAGCAGUUACCCAAAGGAAUAAUUUAGUAUGCUAGACCAAAGUGUAAUAUAAUAUACCCAAAAGAGAGUAGUUUUGUUGUCAUAGUAUUAGAUUUAAUUUUAUAUUCCAAUUAUUGGGACCUAGUAGUUAAUCUUUAUAAAAUUUUAAU